GGCCCUAACAUAAACAAACGGGUGCCUUCUUCCACACACACUUCCUCCUAUACGUCGCACUAUGCCCACCAUAAUACCCUAUCUCAUGGGUGGCAAGGUACUGCAAGGUGUUCUAUCUCCCCAUGAGCAACCAUCACGCCACUCUGAUCCUCUCGUCGACAUUGAGUCAUGCAUUGACGAUCCCUCAUUGGCACCACUGGGACAUCAUGUACGAAACAUUAACGUCAACAGCGGCAGCAACGACAGCACCGCCGAUAACAGCAGCAGGCGGAAAAGUGAAUCGCAAACCAAAGAAGGCCAAGUACGAAUACAAAAGAAGCAGACGACGAGACGAGAAAUACGCAACGACGGCUUGUUGAUGCUUCGACGACGAGGGAUGGAGGCAGACGAACUUGCAGAGCAGCUGGACAGCUUAUUACCGCCACUGGCAACGCUGUUGCAACCACAAGCACGGUUUCAGGACCUCGUCGAACUCGAUAUUUCGCGCAAUCGCCUCAGCCAUCUUCCAACCAACCUCGCCAUGCUUAAACACCUAAAGAUCCUCAACGCAUCAUCCAACAUGCUUACCGCCGUUCCACCCGUCCUGUACAACCUCAGCCAGCUGGAAGUCUUAAUUCUAUCGCAAAACCGGCUAGAGUGCAUCCCAGCCGACAUGUCAGCACAGCUGCCGCACUUAAAGACACUACGCAUCGCCGCCAAUCGCAUUCGACGGAUCGAUGCAAACCUAGGCUUGUGGACGAAAAUGCAACAUUUGCAGCUUGGCUCUGUAUUUGGGGGUAACCUCCUUACUUUUAUUCCGGAUCAGAUAGCCGACAUGCGCUGCCUAGAGGAGCUUGAUCUAUCACAUAACCAUCUGGGUUCAUUGCCGUGCAACAUGCACAUUGCUACGUUGGUCCAUCUCAACGUAUCCGACAACCAGCUCUCCACCAUCCCGAAAUCCAUUGCGCAAUGUGCACGGCUCAGAACAUUAAACGUAUCCAAAAAUCAUCUGGCAACACUGCCGGCAGAUCUUGUCCAGCUGACGCAGUUAGAGUUGUUUGAUCUGAGCGAGAAUUUGCUCUGCAUCAUGCCUGCUGAUAUCCUCGAACGGAUGCGUACGACGUUGCUGAUCACGGGCAAUCCGCUGACCCAUCCGGGACAUUGUGAUCUUGCGGAUAAUGACGCGUAUGCACAGAUUGUUCGCCAAAUGACUCUACGAGCAGUGCCCAUGGCGCCCACAUUGAUGGGUCGUGAUCGUUGUGGUCCCCAUGGUAUGGGCUGUGAAGAACCCGCAUCCAAAGUCUCGGUACCGACGCCCGCUGCAGCCGUUGCAGCAGCAGUGCAAAUCAACCAAUCCGCACCUCCAUCCGCUAGUUCCAGUUCCAGUUCCAGCACAAGCAGUAGCAGUAGCAGUAGCAACAGCAGCAAUAGUAACGAUAUCAUCAGCAACAAUAAUAAUCUUAGUCGAAACAUAUCACCACCACCCUAUCUACGACCACAACGACGGCGAUCAUCAAGCCGUCACCCUCACAACCACCACGAUCACCCACUCCAUCAUCACCAUCGCCAUCAUUUCCACCAUCACCAAUUCCCCGAAGGAUAUGACGACGACGCAGGCAUCGAUCGCGAACUAUCGUAUCAUGCACGUCAAUUAAACAUUCGUGGCUCACGACCAGGCACACCCAAAGCGCUUGUGGGCACCAUUACACCACCGCGUAACUCAGACGACGAAGACGGCAAUGAACUUGACUAUGUUGAGCAAGAAGAAGAAGACGAACCCAAUACACAUGCACCCAAUGACGGACACAAUCUGAUCCAUUCAUUACGAGAAAUCGCGACGCGUGCCAUUCUCAAACACAGUUUAAAAGUUCCUUUGGAAUACCUGCCUCCGCACUUGGCUGAAGACUUGGAAAGCAGAUAUAGGUUUUGUGUGGCAUGUCAGGAGCCGUUCGUUCACGAGUGGGUCACAUCAGUGCAAGUCAAGAGUUACAAGGGCCACCCAGCAGUUGUACGUCGUGUUCGGUUCUGUUCUACGGCAUGUUGGCGAAGUUGUCUGGGGAAGAACAACAAGGAUAUCCCUUCAAUUGUCUCACAAUCGGUCAACAGCGCUUCACCUUCUUCAAAUUCUGCUACAAAUCAAUCCAUUGAUUGGAUCGAGGCUGCUGUAGCUGCUGCUGCUUCCGAACAACACCAACGACGAUGACAUUCAACUCGUUCCUUCUUCUUUUCGCUAUUUCAUACCAUGUUUUCUUUUUGUGUCUUUCUGUUUCGUUUAUUUGCUUCACCACUAUUCUCCUGUAGAUAACUCUCUCUUUUUUACUACUAUUGUACAGUUCUUUUUUGUUUGUUUCAUCUGUUUUAGUAUACCAUCUUCUUUACUACUUAUCACAAUUCGUGCCGUUCACCAAGAUACCACUCCUCUCAAUAAACGCA